AUGCAAGGUUUCAACAAAACCACUGUGGUUACACAGUUCAUCCUAGUGGGUUUCUCCAGCCUGGGGGAGCUCCAGCUGCUGCUUUUUGUCAUCUUUCUUCUCCUAUACUUGACAAUCCUGGUGGCCAUUGUAACCAUCAUGGCCAUUAUUUGCUUCAGCUGGACUCUCCACACUCCCAUGUAUGGCUUUCUAUUCAUCCUUUCAUUUUCUGAGUCCUGCUACACUUUUGUCAUCAUCCCUCAGCUGCUGGUCCACCUGCUCUCAGACACCAAGACUAUCUCCUUCAUGGCCUGUGCCACCUAGCUCUUCUUCUUCAUUGGCUUUGCUUGCACCAACUGCCUCCUCACUGCUGGGAAAGGAUAUGAUCGCUAUGUAGCAAUUUGUCACCCUCUGAGGUACACACUCAUCAUGAACAAAAGGCUGGAGUUGGGGUUGAUUUCUCUCUCAGGAGCCACAGGUUUCUUUAUUGCUUUGGUGGCCACCAACCUCAUUUGUGACAUGCCUUUUUGUGUCCCCAACAAGGUUAACCAUUUCUGUAACAUGGCACCUGUUAUCAAGUUAGCCUGCACUGACACUCAUGUGAAAGAGUUGGCUUUAUUUAGCCUCAGCAUCCUGGUAAUUAUGGUGCCUUUUCUGUUAAUUCUCAUACCCUAUGGCUUCAUAGUUAACACCAUCCUGAAGAUCCCCUCAGCUGAGGGCAAGAAGAAGGCCUUUGCCACCUGUGCCUCACAUCUCACUGUGGUCUUUGUCCACUAUGGCUGUGCCUCUAUCAUCUCUCUGAGGCCCAAGUCCAAGUCUGCCUCAGACAAGGAUCAGUUAGUGGCAGUGACCUACACAGUGGUUACUCCCUUACUUAAUCCUCUUGUCUACAGUCUGAGGAACAAAGAGGUAAAAACUGCAUUGAAAAAAGUUCUUGGAAUGCCUGUGGCAACCAAGAUGAGCUAA